UCCAAAGAUAGAGUUAGACGAAGGGAAAAAUAAAAAAAAGAGGUGUAAUUCACAAACGAAGAAAAAAAAAAACGACGUCGUGUUACCUCCAACCCAAGAACACUAUUGCGGGGUCAACCCGCGGGUGUGUAUGGCUCAUUUUGCUCAUCGGAUCAGGGUCAAUCCGAACCGACCCGCAAUUGACAACCUUGCUGAUUCUUGGGCGUAGAAUUUUUUUUUUAAACGACAAAUAGUUUAUCAUGGAUUGUGAAACAUAAAUAGAUGGGUUUGGUAACUGAAAUUGUAUGUUGGUAACAAGAUUCUCAAACUUGAUCUAGUUGUUAAAUUGAUAUGGUAAGUGGAGGAAGACUUAAUGAUCGGAUCGAAUUGAAUCAGUUUAAGUCGGUUUUAACUGAAUAUGUAAGGAAACCUCUGAUAUCAAAUAAAGUACGCAUAUCUUUUUUCUUAUAUGUUACAACGGUUGCACAAAUCUACAUUCAUAAAAAUAUAUUACUAAAAAUUAUCAGUGCCCAUCUUCAAAACCCCAGUCAGACCAAUUAAUUCUGACUAGUUAAAUUCGAUUUUUUGACUUUUCAGGAAUCAUCCAGCCAAAAUGCAUUUCAACGGUUCAAAUAAUCGAUUUCAGUGGGAUUACAUUGAACCGACCGGCCGAAUUAAUUAGCGACUUGUUACUACGACUUUGGUUAUCGAGCAGAGGGAGUCGCACCUAUCGUCGAUCGAUACUUGGUUUGAUGGGUGAACCGCAUAAAAACCGAUUGGUGAAAUCAAACCACGGCUUGCCAAAUAGCCGCUGGGGAUUUUAGAAAACCAAACUUAUUACUGUAUUUUUUUCUUCUUCCAUGAAUCGUGAUUGGUCCGUUCUCUAAUUCUCCGAUUGCUUUCUACAUCCUCUCCGACGAUCGCCGUUGGAUGCUUGACCGCCAUCCGCUUCCCUCGGUAGCGAUCGCAAGCCAGCUGUCCGCCUCUCUCUCUCUCUCUUGGACUCUCGCCGCCAGCACCGCCUUACUCCUUUCCCCGUUCCGCCGAGAGAAAGAUCGCCGCUCCAACUCCCGUCCGUCCAUUCUGAUUCCCUCCAGCACAGGCCAGAAGCUGAGUCUGAUCCUCCCAUCUUCUAAGGUAAUUCUUCUUUCAGUUUUCUGUUGGGAAUGGAAUUUGGACGAGGGCGGUUCUGUUCAUUGUAAGCGAUAGCGCCAAAUUUUUGUGUGGUUGAAGUUGAACUGUGGGUUCGUUGCAUGAAAUCGAUUGAUUGAAGAAGAAGAAGAAGAAAAACGCACCCUUGAAAGAUCUUGGGUCGUAUGGUUCAAAUUUCUAUGGGAAUGGUGAGGUAAAAGCUGUAUGUUGAAGACUGGCAGCUUCUGUGAAAAGAAAACUUCAUUUGUUUUGUGCAAAUGUUAUCCUUUCUUCUGACUAGUGAAUGGAGGAGCAGAUGAGUUUUCAGUUACUGUUGUGUAUAGAAGCCAUCUAUUAGAGGGGUCUUAUAUUUGCAUUUGAUGUUUCAAUGGCAAUCAUUUUUGUUAGCUUAAGUCACUGAAGCUGGUUGAACUGCAGGGUACAUCAUAUUUGUGCCCGCAGGAGGGUUUUGCUUCAGCUGAUUACUAGGCUGUUUCAUUUGUGAGAGAUGGACAAUGCCGAUGAUUUCACCUUUUGCAAGGUAGCUUCAUCUGCUGAUGGAGAUGAUGUCAAGGCGAAGUCUCUGGCAUCAGAGAUGGGUGGAAUAACAAUUGAAGGCGACAAGUCGACAAGAAUAAGUGACGAUAAGGGUAGUAGUGUUGUCUGCAAAGAUGGUGCCUCUUCUAAGGAGGAGAAAAAUGCUGGAACAUUGUCUUUCACUGUCACUGAUAAAUCAAUACCACGAGAGUCGAGUGAGUCAUCACCACUGGUAGCAACUAGAAAUGGGGAAACUUCUGCCAAGAAUAUUCAAAGACAGGCUCCUGCUAGGAAGCCUGCAGCCCGAGCCAAGGUCCCUUUUGAGAAGGGGUAUAGCCAAAUGGAUUGGCUUAACCUAACUCGAACGCACCCUGAUCUUGCAGGAUUGAAAGGACAAUCAAACAAGAGAUUAAUUUCCAUAAAUGAAGUUAAACAACACCAGUCAGAAGGUUCAAUGUGGACUGUGCUGAAGGGUCGUGUGUACAAUUUGUCCCCAUACAUGAAGUUUCAUCCGGGAGGUGUUGAUAUGUUGAUGAGGGCGGUUGGCAAGGACUGUAAAGCACUAUUCAAUAAAUACCAUGCUUGGGUGAACGCAGAAUUCUUAAUGGAGAAAUGCCUGGUUGGGAUUUUGGAUGAUAGUAAGUGAAGAUUAUAUGCACCACAUUUGUUUCUGCUUCCUCAUUUACUUCAGCCCAUCAUACAUUGUAUUCAGCAAAUAAGCGUUCUUGUUGUAACUAAGCUUCCAAAUGUGUGCCAGAAGAUGCAGAUUGUUGUACAGACAUGGAUUAGCCUCUCUUUUCUGUAUUUACAAAGGCUAAAGCUAGAGUUAUACACGGCCGGCCAAUGCAUCAUGAAGGCAUUGUUCUUUAUACUGCAAUGAAUCCUUUCGAGACCAACGAUGGCAAAAAUCGCACACCUGCUUCGUCAUCUGAUAGUCGUGAUCCUUGGUUAACAAGAAUUCGUUAGCUUGGUGACCCUUGGUCGCAUUGGCCCCCGCGACCAUGCAAUGUUCGGGGGCCAUGCACAGGGGCGGACCUAGGGCAAGGGAGGGGUGUCGUCCGACACCCCUCCGCUCGAAAAUUUUGUGAAGGACCUCCAUUUUUUCGGUACAAAAUUUUUUAAUUUGGAACUUCCGACACCGCUCUAAUAAUUAUAAGCGACACAC